GGUGGUGAUGCCCGCGGUGGUGUUGGCGUUGAGCCUGUGGCUGUCGGGGCAGGGGACCGGCGCCGCCCCCGCCCCCGCCGACCUGACCCUCGGAGUGGAGUGGCUGACCAGAUUUGGCUACCUGCCCCCGCCUGACCCUGUGACCGGGCAGCUGCAGACCCAGGAGGAGCUGACCAAAGCCAUCACAGCCAUGCAGCAGUUUGGAGGCCUGGAGGCUACGGGGGUGUUAGACGAGGCGACGCUGGAGCUGAUGAAGACGCCGCGCUGCUCCCUGCCGGACCUGGCCGACGCCGCGCCCCGCGCCAAGCGACAGGCGACGCCCGCCACCAGGUGGCGCAAGAGGAACCUGUCGUGGAGGGUCCGCACUUUCCCCCGGGAGUCACAGCUGGGCCACGACACAGUCCGGGCCCUGAUGUACUACGCCCUGAAGGUUUGGAGCGACAUCACGCCCCUCAACUUCCAUGAGGUGGCCGGCAGCCACGCCGACAUCCAGAUCGACUUCUCCAAGGCCGACCACUCAGAUGGCUACCCCUUCGACGGGCCAGGCGGUACCGUGGCGCACGCCUUCUUCCCCGGGGACCACCACACGUCCGGGGACACGCACUUCGACGACGACGAGUCCUGGACCUUCCGCUCCUCGGACGCCCAUGGGAUGGACCUGUUUGCCGUGGCCGUUCACGAGUUUGGCCACGCCAUUGGCCUCACGCACAUCGCGGCUCUGGACUCCAUCAUGAGGCCGUAUUAUCAGGGACCUGUGGGCGACCCUCUCAAGUACGACCUGCCUUACGAGGACAAAGUCCGCAUCUGGCAGCUCUAUGGAGUCAGGGAAUCUGUGUCUCCCACAGCCAAGCCCGAGGCCUCUCAGGCAGAGGACCACCCCCUUCUGCCCGAGCUGCCAGGGAACCGGUCCACCAUCCCGCUGAGGAGGGACGGGCCCAACAGGUGCAGCACCCACUUCGACGCCGUGGCCCAGAUCCGGGGGGAGGCCUUCUUCUUCAAAGGAAAGUACUUCUGGAGGCUGACCCGCAACAAGCACCUGGUGUCCCUGCAGCCGGCCCAGAUCCUCCGCUUCUGGCGGGGCCUGCCCCCCAACAUGGACAGCGUGGACGCCGUGUACGAGCGGACCAGCGACCACAAGAUUGUCUUCUUCAAAGGAGACAGAUACUGGGUAUUUAAAGACAAUAACGUGGAGGAAGGAUACCCUCGGCCCAUCACGGACUUUGGCUUGCCGCCGGGAGGUGUCGAUGCUGCCUUCUCCUGGGCCCACAAUGACAAGACUUAUUUCUUUAAGGACAAUCUCUAUUGGCGCUAUGAUGACCACGAACGGAGAAUGGACCCCGGGUACCCCUCGGAGGCCACUCUGUGGAAGGGGAUCCCGAGCACACUGGACGAUGCCAUGCGCUGGUCUGACGGUGCCACCUACUUUUUCCGGGGCAAGGAGUAUUGGAAGGUGCCGGACAGCACAUUGGAGGCAGAGCCGGGCUUCCCCCGGUCCAUCGCCCGAGACUGGCUGGUUUGCGGCGACAUGCAGUCGGACGCCCCCGAGGCCGAGGAGGGCCGGGCCGGGGCCCGGGCCAAGCAGGGCAAGCACGACGAGAGCCGCUCAGAGAAUGGCUACGAAGUCUGCUCAUGCUCCUCGGCCUCCUCUUCCUCACCCUCCCCCUUCUCCUGGCAGGUCCCCAUGCUAAGGGACAGCCUGUCUCUGGGACUGGUGCUCACGGGCCUCUGGACGACAGCUCUCUUGACCGGGGUGCUAUGACACCGACAGUGCAGGAUGAGGGGAAGACUUGAAUGGCAUCUCCAGGGCCUCAGGGGCCACCGUUUUCCUCACGUCAUUGCUACAUGGCUACUAGGGAGACUAGUCCUCCCAGGACCGGGACUGGGAAGGCUGUCAGAUUCUCUGUGAGAAAUAUGCUGCAGUUUGGAUUGUCUUUUUCUUUUUUAAGCCAGUUCUUGCAAAUAAGUUCAAGCAAGUGGCCAGCCCACCAAAAAAAGCUCCUUCCAGACUGCCCUCUCCGUGGGAGACAUAAGGGCAGGAACCUGGAUCAGAAUAACAUUCCUGAAUACCGGCCCUGGACCGCUAGUGCCAGGUCAAUGGGCGAGGACUAAUUUGCAAGGCUGAUUACCGGUGAUGAGUGACCUUGCUCUGCCCACCCUGCUAAAGAGUCAGCCUCUUCAGGCUAGACACAUUACUGAGCCCUGGGGGCAGGGGAAGGAGGAACGACAGGGCACAGAGCAUUGGUGUGGUGCUGGAGCCUCCCGGAGGGAAGGGUGGGAUGCUGACCCGCUCUGCAGGUGUCACGGAGGUCCUGCCCUGGACAUUCUGGGGCUUUCCUGAGGUCUGCUAGAGGCUGUUGACCCCCAGGGUGCAUUGGGAUCGCUGGCCUCUCCUGGUCCAGUGUGGCCCCACUGGAAAGGUGGCCAUCAUCAGCCACCCAGACUCUCAUCUCCUCCAGAUCAUUCAGUGCUCCAAACUCUCUCUCUCUCUCUCUCUCUCUUUCACAAUCUCUCACAUACUCUCACUCUCUUUCACAUACACAGAGGCGGAGGUGAGAUGACACCUGAGCACAUGUGCCAAUUCUGGGGAAACGAAUGGUACCAUGAGGGUCCAACCUCCCCCUCCCUCUCAGCUUUCCGAGUUGGGCUCUCCAUUUCACCCCAGGUGUCCAAGAAGGCCUGGGCACCUCCGGGCAGAGUUGAAAAGCGUGGCUGACAAGGCCCAAGAUGGGUCUUCCGGACCCUUUAGUUCCUCUAAGUCUACCUGCACACACCCCCAGCCACACCUCGCUUGUCCCCCACUCCCAGCAGAGCUCUGUCCCCUCACUCAGGAUGGGAAGUUGCCCCCGCCCCCCUGCUUCAGAGCCAGAUGCCCCCCAGGGAAGUGUGGGAGUGGGAAGGUAUCAGAAGCUGCUCCUUUCAUAAAAGCAUCUGGAGCCACAGCUCCAAAUCAAUCAGUUAACCAGUGGCAUUUGUUGAGUGCUUUACUGUGUGCAGAGCACUGUACCAAGUGUUUGGGAGGUACAAUAAAAUAGAGUUGGUAGACGUGAGCUCUGACCACAAGGCGUUUGCACACUAGAAAGGGGAAGGCGAGCAUUAAAAUAAAUUACAGAUGGAUACGCACAUAAGCGCUUGUAAUGAUGGAGUGAAAGUCAGAUAAAAGAAGAAACAAGAAAACGAAAUAGAAACAUCAUGGCCUAGUGGGAAGCACACAGGACUGGUGGUCAGAAGACCUGGCUUCUAAUCCUGGCUAUGCCACUUGCCUGCUGUGUGACCCAAGUCACUUAAUUUCCCUGGGCCUCAGUUUUCUCAUCUUUAAAAUGGUUAUGAAAUCCCUGUUCUCCCCCUUAGACUGUGAGUCUCAUGCGUGGCAGGGAUUGUGUUGGAUCAGGUUUUAUCUACCCCCUCACUUAAUACAGUGCUUGGCUUAAAGUACUUAACCAUUGGUAUUACUAUCAGAUCUGGCUCCCCCUCUCCCCCUCCCUCCGGCACCCCUACCAUGGUGAUGGGCACUGGAAAUGAUCUAUUCACUUGAAAGAUGCCGGCAUGACAACACUGCUGUCCCCAAUUGAGUGGCUUUGAAGACCUGCUUGGGAUCCCAGAAGUCCUGCCCUGCCAGGGCAAAGGGGCAGAAGGCAGAGAGGGAGGAGGAGGAGAAGGCCUAUGGCCAGAGGCCUGGACAGAACGCAGACCCAGCCAGGGUCAGGCUAUUCAGAGGGACAUCUCUGCUGAAUGAAUUGGCCUAUACCACCAUCUGUCCAUCCAUCUCAGGGUAACACAUAGAUGAUGUACCAUAAGCUGGUCCAAUAGAGACCAGAGUGGUGAUUCAACACCCGUGCUAAGUAAUAUAUUGCAGGGCAGAGCAAUGAGAAUAGAGGGAAUGAAAAAGAAAAGUUGACUCCCCCCCACACCCCCGGGCCCCCAGUUCCUUCUUUUUAAAUCCGUGGGACAU